UCCUCCCUUAACGUGCAGAAUGUGCCUGCCCAGCUGUUGCAGUCUGACUCGGGUAUCCUUAAAGGCAGGCAUCACACAGACACUUAAUGAACACUAGUUUUCUGACAAACAGCCUAAAGUCACCUCCUGAGUCACUGAGAUAAAACAAGUGGCCCAGGGACUCCACCUCACAGAGCACAAGCUGGUAACACAGAUUAGGACUGCAACAUCACAAAUCAAGCUGUGGCUUUGCAAAUGUGCUGCUCAGUGCCUGCCCCUUUCCAGAGACUGACACUGAGGGGUCUGGAUCUCACCUGAGACUGGUACAGCAAUGACAGAUGCUAGCAACUCUGAGAUGUGCCAUCAGGAGCAGAGUUCCAAGGAACUACAACCCUGCAUUGCAUCCGUUUGAGGUUGCACGAGAGUACACAAGAGCUCUGAAUGCCACAAAGCUAGAACGUGUGUUUGCAAAACCCUUUCUUAGUUCACUUGAUGGCCACAGAGAUGGAGUUAAUUGCAUGGCCAAACAUCCAAAAAGUUUGUCUACAAUGCUAUCUGGAGCUUGUGAUGGAGAGGUUAAAAUUUGGAACUUGACCAAACGACAGUGUAUCCGCACUAUACAAGCCCAUGAAGGCUUUGUUCGAGGCAUGUGUGCCCGUUUCUGUGGUACAUCAUUCUUCACUGUUGGUGAUGACAAAACUGUGAAACAGUGGAAAAUGGAGAGCCCAGAAUAUGGAGAAGAAGAAGAACCUAUUCAUACAAUUCUUGGAAAGACAGUGUAUACAGGAAUCGAUCACCACUGGAAGGAACCUGUUUUUGCUACCUGUGGCCAUCAAGUGGACAUUUGGGAUGAACAAAGGACAAGCCCCAAGUGUUCUCUGACUUGGGGUUUUGAUAGCAUAAGCAGUGUAAAGUUUAAUCCCAUUGAGACUUACCUUUUGGGAAGCUGUGCUUCUGACAGAAAUAUUGUGCUAUAUGAUAUGAGAAAAUCAACUCCAUUAAAGAAGGUUAUCUUGAACAUGAGGACAAAUACACUGUGUUGGAACCCUAUGGAAGCUUUCAUUUUUACUGCAGCAAAUGAAGAUUACAACUUAUAUACUUUUGAUAUGCGCUUUCUUGAAUCACCUGUGAUGGUGCACAUGGAUCAUGUGUCUGCUGUUCUUGAUGUGGAUUAUUCACCCACUGGGAAAGAAUUUGUGUCUGCCAGCUUUGAUAAGUCCAUCCGCAUUUUUCCUGUGGACAAAGGUCACAGCAGGGAGGUUUAUCAUACCAAACGAAUGCAGCAUGUCAUCACUGUGAAAUGGACUUCAGAUAACAAAUACAUUCUGUGUGGCUCAGAUGAGAUGAAUAUUCGCCUGUGGAAAGCUAAUGCUUCUGAAAAACUGGGAGUGCUUGCACCUCGAGAGAAGGCAGCUAUGAAUUACAAUCAGAAGCUGAAGGAGAAGUUCCAGUUUCACCCACAGAUCCGGCGCAUAGCUCAGCACCGACACUUGCCCAAGAGUAUUUAUUGCCAAAUCAAGGAGCAGCGGAUCAUGAGAGAGGCUCGGCGGCGGAAGGAGCUGAAUCGUCGUAAGCACAGCAAGCCAGGAUCUGUGCCAUUUGUGCCAGAGAGGAAGAAGCAUAUUGUGGCAGUAGUGAAAUAAUUGUUUUCACAUGUACAAAAUGUCACAAUGAAAGAAAAAUGUCACUAUUAAAAGAAUACACUGUACAAAAUUUGAUGGACUUUGGUAAGACAGCAUAUGGUUCCAGAAACAUGACUUUUCUUCCAAGUUUAUGCAACCUCUGACUUCUCAAGUCAUCAUCUGCUUUGAGUAGUUAUGGGAAUCUCCCCUGUAGUCUUUUUUUGCCAUUUGUCUGAUGUUACUGGCCCAACGCUGUGUAUUGCAGUGGAGUUUGACCCUUUUGAUACAAGCAGAUAACUUGGAGAGUAUCUGUAAUCCUAGUUCUGUUCCUUGGUUCUGUUACUGCAAAAAAAAAGAUGAAAUAGGUUAAUAAUUGUCAAAACAAAAAAACCCUUUCCAUACAGAGUUACAGAAAUUGUCUUUAUGCUGUCUUUAAAAAAAAAAUUGUUUAAACAAAUUUAAUAAAGUGACCUUAAGCAAUAGACUAGAUGGAUUAUUCUGCAUUAUAGUUCUUACAGUACAAUAUAUUAUUUUUUAUCCAACAAGAAAUUCAACAGGAUUUUCAUACAUCUGUGAACAUAUUUAUAGUUUUGCUGUCGUCUUAACUAUUGUUAUAUAACUUGACCGAACUUCAGACUGUUAAGUUGCUAAUAUUGGUGAUUACUUAGUUGAAUAUAUUUUUUCUUUAAAACUUGCAAAAUCUGGUAAAGUAGCAUAAAUUUUAUAAGCCACAGAAACUCCUUUGGAUGAGAUGCAUUAUAAGCUUUCUAUUUUACAUUUAUGGAAGAAAAAACAAGUUUCGCACUUCACAAGGUCUUUGUGUAGCUCAAAGUUCCUUUAUAGUUUGCUUGGAAAACACACUGCUUCUCUUCCAGUGGGAUAAACAGCCUGUUACUGAAGCUACGAAGGUGAUCAGAAAUCUAUGCUGGAAUUAAACUAUAGUCUAGACUGAAGAGAGAUGAGAGAUAUGUAACAAAUGUAAUGUUACUUAACAUCAUCUGUACAAAAAGAUCUCUUUUAAGUCUUAACACUACAGUCUGUAAUGAUGCUUCCCUUGCCCUGAGCUUAUGCACAAAAAAAAUUGAUAAACUUGCCUUCAUAUAACAUCCUGUUUAAUGUAUCUGCUCACACUAAUCCAUAUGUAUUUCUGGUUCUUACUCUUUAACUUGUCUCUUGCAGUACUGUUUGGGCAAGAUUCUUGAAUCAUCAUGGCAAAAUUAUGGCUCUUUAGUGAUAAGAGGCCAUAAUAUAUCUUUGACUCUCUGGAUCACUUACCUUUAUGGGGUGAUGCAGGAAGGGAAGCAGAUCUGAAGAGCUGUAAGUAGGAUGAUGAGAAGAAGUGGAACAGAUCAGGAAAUAGGCUGAUGCUGGCUGUGUGCCUGUUGUACUAAUACAGUGCACUCUGUGCCAAAUGCAGUUUAUUUUCUUCCUGAAAUACUGAAAAAAUUGAAGGAGAAUAUGCAGUCCAAAAUAUGGCUUGUGACACAGCUGUAGUCAAGUCUUGCACGAUUUGCAAAACCAGACUAAUCUCCUGAAAUGUGAUUAAAAAUUUUCAGCCUUGUCAGUUUUGCGUGAGUUGAAAUUGUUGAUUAUUGAUUUGUUGAGUCAUGGUAACCUCUGAUGUGAGCAAGCCCUGCUGCUUAGAAUUUAUUAGCUUUGGUGCAGAACUCUGAAGGUAGUGAGAGCUUUCAGUGCUGAAGUUGGUUAGGUUUUUGGGUGGAGCAAUGGGUGUGAGCCAUGUCCAAAGGACCUCCUUGUUUUCUAAGACCUUUGUGAACUUUUGCUUUUAAAGAGGACUCAGGUGGUGCAACUCAAAGGAUCAGGGUUGGCUAAAAUUUGCUAGAAAGAUUGAAACUAUGCUGAAAAAAGGAAUUGCAACGUUAGGAGGGUUAGUCUGAAUCUGUGCAUUUGGUUAUGAAUUCCUUUUCCAACAUCUCUGGAUAUAAUUUUACACAGAGAUUGGUCUUGGCAUCAAGUGGGGCACCCUCUUGGCAUUGCAGGAAAAAGUCUGUUUUCCAAAGUCAGGUCUUGCUGUGAGUUCUAGAAAUAUGCUAGCUGUGAAAUCAGUGUAGGUCUGAGCUGGGUCUUUCUGGUUGGAAAUGAGUCACUUGGAAUUUUGCAGGUGGUGGUUGCAGUCCGUCAGUUCAGAGGGUCCCUGGACAUGGAUUUGUGCUCUGUUGGGCUAGCUGCUGUUGUUUUAUCUCUUUUGGAAACCCUUGCAGUUUGUCUCUGACAAAAGACUAUGGAUACAUAAAUCUGUGUGUAUGUGUACCCAAGCGUAUGCAGAAUAAAGUUCUUAGUGCCACAUAAAAUACUGAAAAUCUAAGGAAACUGGUAGUGUUUCCCUUCAAAAUUUUGGUGUCGUUGAUUAAAGAAAAAAUGAAGAUGACAGAUUAUUUUCUAAACCAAUGCAUUUGCCUACAGACCUGCUAUUAAAAAAAAAAAAAAAAAAAACAAAAAACAAACCAAA